GCUCCCUCCCUCCUGGAAAAUUGACACGUUUGCAUAAUUUUUUCAAUUCAUUUCCAGUCUUUUCUAAUUUUCAGCCGCGCGCGUAGUAAAUAAAUAUGGCCGCCAAAACAAAAGGGACAUUGCUUCGUUUGUUUACAAAUAACAACAAUCGCUUGCAAUAAUUCAUUGAAUUCAUUUUAAAGGUAUGUGGUUAAUAACUUUAACUUAAAUUCUAACUCGAAAAGAAGUCUUUCAAGGCUGUAUAUAACUAUAUUUUCGAGGCGUUCGGUAAAUAUUAUAAAUAUAUAAAUACACAAUAUAUUUGUACAUUUGUACUGUUCUUUUCAGGUGCACAGUAUCAGAUAAAUUGAUGGAUUUUUCAAAGUUUUCUGACGAUAAUUUCGAGGUCAAACAAUGGGUGAAUGCUGCUUUAAAACGAAAAGACGAAAAUACCGAACUGGAUGUUAGUGUUUUCUGGUGUUUUGAAUGACCUUUUGAUCGAUUGAGAGGUCAUCUUUUUUCAGAUUACGGGAUUAUUUGAUAUUAAAUGUUCAUAUUGUUUUGUAGGCCCAUGCAUCAGGUUUAGUCAUGAAAUUGCAACUAUUUAUUCAAGUAAGGAUGUAUAGAAGACUUGUGGCAAAAUAGACGAAUCCCCCACAACCUCACCCCACGUCACACGUGUAACCCUCCCCUACCCCUACUUAUUUGAGAACUUGGCAAAAAAGGAAAAAUUACACUUUACCAUGUACUGUCAUUGAAUAGUCAAUACAUACUGUGAUCCCUGAACAUUAAUGAACAUCAAUAGAUACCUAGGGAUAAAAACAGAAAGGGCACGAAAAAGAUCUUUGAUCAUUUUUGCCCAGGAAACAAGAGCGAGAAGGGCGCAAGACAUUUAUAGUUGAAAGGAACUUAAAUAUAGUAUAAAAUCAGUAGUAGUUCACCAGAAUAUUACACAUACACUAUCAAAACACGCCUAAAAAGAACGGAAUAAACUUGCCAUCAGAAUACAUGCAAUGAAUAAAAAAUGUAAAAAUACAAAGAAUGAAAAAGAAAUAAUAAAAAGAAUGAAAACAAUUUUUUUUAAAAUCACAAAAGAAACAGCCCUGCCAGGAUUUGAACCCUUGGGGAAUGCAUCAGGAUCGGAACCUGUUCCACUAGACCAUCAAGGACCAUUGGCAGUGCUGUGUGCACAAUAUAAAGUAUUUAUAUCUUGUAUCUAGACUCGAUCUAAUCACCCAUACAGUAAACACGUAAUUCCUCUAUUUAGCCACUAGCCGAAAUGACUAAAUGAGUUUGAAUACUGUCUGGUCAUUCCAAGUAAUAUCCACACACCCCUGUUACAGUUUCUGAUUUUAAACCCCCUCACCAGAACACUCUUUGAAAUUUCAGACUUUUCAAACCCCUUGGGGUUCCAUUGUGUCAAAAUUCCCUCCAAAAUCGUUUUGUGUUUUUUAUAGAAAUUAAGUAUGGUCAAAUUACUCAAAGCUAAAGCUCUCUAUUGACUUAAACUUAUUUGGUUUUAGGAAGUGAACAAUGCUUUGGAGGAAACUAGCACUCAAUCUCUUAAUAACAUGCCAAGGUGGUAAUUUAUUGCCAAAGAGUUGAUAUUUAACUAUUAGUACAAUACAAUAAAUCAAUGAUGUGUAUUUCAAAUGUCUUGUAUCUUCUCUCGUAGAGUUCUGCGAGAACUUGAGGUUAUACGGCAGGAAGCAACAUUGCUCAAGGAACAAAUGAGACUUGUUAAAGAUGAUAUCAAAGCGGUACUGUGUAAUAAAUGUUCUAAAUGAAACGAACAUAUUGCUAGUAUUUGAUAGGGUACCAUAUCAAUGUCUGCACCUCCUUCCUUUUAGGUUGAGCAAAACACGUCAGAAUCAAUGAAAAUGUUGUUGGAUUUGGAUGAAGUAAAGUCAAGAAUACAAUCAGCAUCACAUGCUUUGCAGGUAUCACCAUCAUCACCACCACCACCAUCAAACAUAACCAUCACUACUACAAUCAUCACCAUCAUCAUCACCACUACCAUCACAAUCACCCUCACAUCAUACUUUACUACCACCACCAUCAUCACCACUGGUCAUCAUCAUCAACAUAACCAUCAUCACCAUCAUUGUCACCAUCACAUUCACCCUCUCAACAUAAUCACUACCACCAUCACACCACCAAAAUCACCACCACCAAAAUCACCAUCACUACCAUCAUCACCAGUGCCACAACCCUGGGAUUUCCAAGUGUUCUCAUCAUCCAUUCAACUCCUUACAGGAAGCAGACAACUGGACAACACUUUCAGCUGAUGUUGAUAAAGUUUUCCUAUCUGGAAAUUAUAGAGAGGUUUGCAUCCCUAUCAGCCAAAAUUUUGUAAACAUAAAAUGACUCUUAUAAAAUAUCUCUACUUCCUAAUUUUUAGAUUGCUAAAAAGCUAGUUGGAAUGCACAGAAGUUUGGUAGGUUAUCAAAUUCUUAAUACACAGUGUCGCCAACCUUGACAAAAACAUGGGUGUGGUUCUAUUAAGCAGAACAGGUUUCCCAAAAGAUGCCUGCAACUGGUUAUUCUAUAGGGUAGACAAUUGAGCACUGGCUAUUUCUCAAAGUUAUAACCCAAAAAUAUUUCCUUACAAAAUUUGCAAAACUACUCUCACACUGAGAGUGCCAUUUCAGAGUGUCUAAAUUUCAAUCUUUAUGAGGAGAUGCCAAACUCUAACUUUAUUAUCUUCUACUGUAUAGAAAAGUUUGUAAAGUGAUACUCACAUGUCAAGUGCCAUUUAAGGUUGUGCUUCAUGAUGUACCAGACUAUAAUGAACGACAUAAAUUACUGGAAGGUCUGAAGAAUAAGCUGGAAGCUCUUUUGAGUCCAAAAUUGGUGUCUGCUUUCAACAGUCAUUCCUUAGGUAUAGUUAUACCUUCAUAUAUUCUUGAAAUAAUCUUAUAUAUACAAGAUUUGAUAUGUUUAAACUGUUGAUUAUAUUUUUCUUGUAGAAGAGAGUCAAGAAUAUUUUCAAAUAUUCCGUGAUAUUGACAGACUUGAUCAGUUGCAAAACUACUAUAUACGUUGCCACAAGGUGAAUCUAUCUAUCUCCCAUAUUACAGCAAACCCCUCAGUAUGAGGAUUAUGUGCUGGGGUUAGCAGAAUAUACACGUUGCUAACCCAAAGAAAAAGUUAAAUAAUAAUAAAUUAAGAUAAUUAGUGCUUGACAAUAUGAUACAGUACGGUACAUUAUUCGUUGGCAAAAAGAGGGUCUUUUCAAAAGCCUUGUCUAAAUUUUCAGAGCAAGCUGUUGCAGACGUGGAAAGAUAUUCGCGAAGAAGACCCAAGUCAGACGAUGUUGGAUUGGUUGUCAAUAUUUUACAAUAGUUUAUUAUCGACGUGGCAUUCUGAACUGACCUGGUGCAGUCAAGUGUUUGGAAAGCCGGGAAGGGUGCUGUGUCUUCUCAUGAGUCAAACUCUUAACCAUCUUGAGCCUCCAUUUUCUGUUUGUGUAAAGGAAUUCGUACGAGACGAGGCAUACCCGUUGCAACAGUUGAUAGAUCUAAAACAAGUGAGUGUAUUGUGCUUUGGUAAAACGUCAAUGAGUGAAAUUGAUAUGUGGUGAUGAGAUGGUCGUUUUGGUGAUGGUAGUGCAGAUGAUGGUUGGGAUUAUGGUGAUGGUAACGGUAAUGGACUAAUAGUGACGAUGAAGGUGGUGGUGGUGAUGGUGUUAAUAGUUGUGGUUAUAGUAGUUACGAUGAUGGUUACGAUGAUGGUAACUAGAGUUGUGAUGGUGACUGUGUGGUAGAUGAAAGUGGUGGUGUUGAUGGUAAUAAUAGUUGUGGUUAUAGUAGUGAUAACGAUGAUGGUUACGAUGAUGGUAACUAGGGUUGUGAUGGUGACUGUGUGGUAGAUGAAAGUGGUGGUGUUGAUGGUAAUAAUAGUUGUGGUAAUAGUAGUGAUAACGAUGAUGGUUACGAUGAUGGUUACGAUGAUGGUAACUAGAGUUGUGAUGGUGACUGUGUGGUAGAUGAAAGUGGUGGUGUUGAUGGUAAUAAUAGUUGUGGUUAUAGUAGUGAUAACGAUGAUGGUUACGAUGAUGGUAACUAGAGUUGUGAUGGUGACUGUGUGGUAGAUGAAAGUGGUGGUGUUGAUGGUAAUAAUUGUUGUAGUUAUAGUAGUGAUAACGAUAAUGAUGGUGAUGACGAUCAAGGUGGUGGUGGUGAUGGUUACAAAGAUGGUAACUAGAAUUGUGAUAGUGACUGUGGUAGAUGAUGGUUUUGUUGUUACUAGUGAUAGCGGCGAUGGUUUUGGUGAUGAGUAAGAUCAUGACGAUUGGUCCAAUCUGAUGUGCACUAUGUAUCUACUAUAUUCCCAUGAUAAUUGUAAUACUGCAACAACUGGCUUUGUUGUGUAUUUUGUAUACUUUAGGUGACUCUGAGAUUUUCUAAAGCAUUGCAAAGUUCAUUUUCGGAACUUAAAGGUACUUUUUUCUUAAACUCUUUUCUAAAAUAGAUUUCAAAUGUACACAGUUACUUUUAAUAAACUUUAAUCCUGUCCCUACUUUCCAGAGGAUUACACAGAAGCAGCGGUGGCAUUAGUGAACGCUGUGUACUCGCCAUAUACACCGUAUCUACUGGAUUAUUCUGCUCUACAAACUGGCUUUUUUACAGAAAAUCUCAACUCUAUGCAACUGGUACGGCUUUGUAUAAGUCCCGAACUGAUAGAGUUAUUCAGUCUCAAUAAAUAUAGUUAGUUUUUGAAUCUUUAAUAAACGUACAUUUGUGAAAACUCAAAAUACAUGCAUCUUUUUUCUUUCCUUAUACAAGAAUGCAGACAAUUUUCUCGAAACCGUAGACGCGUUGUCAGAGUCGGUUGGUAAAGUUUUUCAGUUAUCGGAAAUGGUGAGUCGGGGCCAUUUUUAAACGCACCUAAUUUUCUGUUGCAAACGGAAGCCACAAAUUUAUCAAAUGUUUUUGCCACUCCUGCCAAAAAUAAUUCUCGUAAAAUGAAGUCCCUUUAUCAAAGUAGGAAUUCUAAGUUUUGAAGGAUUUGUAAGAAAUGUCUGAGGGGACUCAGUGUUAAACACGUAAGUUCCCUCAAACAUCUCUUACAAAUCCUUCAAAACUUAGAAUUUACCUGGCUAUGUUAAAUUCCUACUGUGAUCACGGAAACUUUGAUAGUGUAAGUCAUCCUUUAUACUGACUAAAAUCACACGUAGUUUCGCUUGUCUUGUGUGUUUAUAGGCAUUAGAGUUCUGUGUUUCGCUCACAGAUGGUUUGGGUUCAUAUCAAUUGGUACAGUCUUUGGAGGUAAUGAUAGCAAGUAGCAACGGUAUAGAAAUUCUCCAAGUCCUCAGUGAAUAUAGGUGGUCUUAUUAACUUACCGAGUUCUGUUCUUUUAUUUAGGUAUUCUUCUCGGCAUAUCUACAGAAGGUUAACAGUAUUGUGAAGAGCAUUAGGAAUGAUCUUCAUUUGGAUAAAGUUUCAGAUCAAGUCAAAGAAGAUUGGACCAGCUUUCAAUACGCUUCAAAACUUAUACAAAUUUGCGGUAACCGCAUUUUCGACUACACUGAACACAUAAACAUUCUAAAGUAGACGAUCUUUAUUUAUACUGGAUAGUUCUAUCAGUUCUGAACUGUUCUUUCUAGACUUCCAGUAAGGACAAUAGUAUCUUAUUGGACCAGUGUUACUACAGGUGGAAAUCGGAAUACACACGCGAAAACGCACAACUUGUAACAAACCUGCAACAAACUUAUAACAAUGCUGUUUGAACAACUAGCUAAUAGACAAGUUGUCAAACGGACUCAACAGACUUGUUACAAGUUGUAACAACCAACGCCUAAUAUAUUUAUUGAAUAAAAACGCUACUUCUAUCUCCCUUCAAGGUGAUUUGCUGCUAAAAAUACAAGAAUUUGAAUCGGGUUUGUUAAAAUGCGUGACCAGCUCAAGUCGAAAAUGGUUGAACACAGACAAACGAGAUAAUAAAACAGUUGCUGAACUAUUUAACACGUAUAACUACCUUCAAAAGGAAAAUCCAUUGGAAUUUGGCAGUUUGAUAGAAUUUAACCAUAAUAUUGAAAAUGGUGGGUAAUAUUUGGUUGAAAUUUCAUCUCAGAAUCAACCUCUUUCACUCUGAAACUAACAAAAAGUUUGGCACUUUGGGUGGAUUGGUCCUUGUUUUGAAAACCCCACUGCUCUCUAUGCCAUUCAGUCAUUCAAUCUUCUGAUAUGUCUGUGACGUACACAUGCACAAGUUGUAACAAACCCGCAGCAGACUUGUAGCGAUGCUGUUCCAACAACCUGUCAACAGGAUGUGUUCGCACUGCUUGUUCCCAGCCUGUUGACAAGUUGUCAACGGCUUGUUGACAAUUUGCUACAGUGUUGUUGAGCUCAACAGACUUGUUACAAGUUGUUCCAACAACAUGUUAUCGUCCUGCAAUUAAACAAUUUGAGUGACAACCUUGUAGUAACUUGAUGAAAUAACAGUAUUGUUACAACUUGUUGACAAACUUGCUACAAGCCUGUUGCGAACACAUCUUGUCGACGAGAUUUUUACGUGUGCAUUACUUAAGUAUAUGUUAUGAAAAUAUUAAUAUUAUUUUCUGAUAAUUGCUAACCAUACCAUCUGUUGCAUGAAACCUAUAAGCAAUCUGUUCGACUUUGUGUUUCCAUUCUAGGAUGCAGCAUAAUUAACACUGUCGUGAAACGAAUGGAAGAAAUGAAUAACAAAGUUCAUAAUUUAGCAUUUGAUGUGGCGUUCUUACCUCUCAAAUGUAAGAUUAAUUCCAUGUCUGCUCUUCAGGUGAGAAUGUGGCGACGAGGUACUGUUCGCAUUUUUCAAAUGUCUAAAAUAAACCAUUAUAAUUGCUCGCCGUGUCAACAAACCUAACCAGUAUUUGACUCCUUUAUCUUAUUCGCCGUGCCUAGGAAACAAUGUUUCUUGGUUGAUCCACCUUCGGGAAACAUGGCUAGAAAACAAUGUUUCCUAGUAUGCCCACCUUCGGGAAACAUGACUAGGAAACAAUGUUUCCUGGUUUGUCCACCUUCAGGAAACAUGGCUAUAGGGAACAAUGUUUCCUGGUUUGUCCACCUUCGUGAAACAUGGCUAGGAAACAAUGUUUCCUGGUUUAUCCACGUUCAUCCUCUACAGCGUUCUCAUUCUAAAUACAGAUGUUUUUCGCCAUUCUAUUCCAGGUGUGGUCCAAAACUACAUCAGACACAGGCGACUCGCUAAGUGGUGAUAUUCCAACAUUCAGUUUGUCUCCACAGGGAUACAUUACAGAGGUAGUGCUUUUAAAGCAUAUUUGGCACAUAUUGUAUCUGGUACCAUGAACUUAUAUAAGCCAAGGUCAAAGGAGAAUGAGCCCCAGUGAAACGAGAACAAGAGUUGCUUCGUUGCAUUGGGGGCCCCUUUUGAGCUGGGGGCCCAGGGGACCCCCCCUAUAGGCGGCCGUGGCUACAAGGAAAGGUGGUUAGCACUACUCUUUACUCUUUAUCUUCACAAACAACAUAAAUUGAUGUGCAUUGCCAUAUCUCUGCAAUAGGUUGGCGACUAUCUCCUCACUCUGCCUCAUCAACUGGAAUUGUUUAUGGUUCAAGAUAAUCCUGCUUUGGAAACAGCGCUUAAAGCUGGCAAACUACAAUUUUCACGAGGUAAAUUAAACUCUAACCCUUUGCCGAACUGGCAGUAUGACAUCACCAAACAGUGUAUGUUUUUCAAGUUUUUCCAGUUUCCUCCUGUAGUUACACUAAAUGGACGAAUAUUUUCCUGCGGAGAACAGUUCAGGAUUGAUGGAGCUAUUUAGUAUAAAAGUUAGUUUAUACAACUUUAAUUUAUUAUGUCGCUUCUUAUAACAUAGAUACAGGCGAAGAGCAAGACCCUGCCUCAAAAUGGUUAAGCUCCGUUGCUCAGGCGACCAUGCAUACUUAUGUUGAAAGUAUCUUACGUAUCCCAGAGCUGACGGUCUUUGCGAGUAAACAACUCGUAGCUGAUAUCGGUAAGCUGAUAUGUUUUAUAAAGUUGAAUUUCAGAAAGAAUUGUAGUUCAAUUAACUUGUUCCCCAUUUGCUAGACCGCAACACUUGUACUGAAACACACCAAACGCGUUUUACAGCGUUUUAGUCUUACCUUUCAAGUAUACCACUAACUCGCUUCUGAGCUUUGCUAGCUUCAACAUAUUUUGCUUUCCUUGUUAUAGAAUAUCUGUUCAAUAUCUUGGAAGCAUUGGAAGUUAAACCAAGCGAAGUUAUAUCGAAUGUGAAUAAACUGCUCAAAGCUGAACAUGACGAGUAAGUAUGCGCUUUGUAUAACACAUAGCGCCAUCCAGUCAGAAUCAAGUGAUCGAAAUGUUCCCUUGUCUCUUCAUCGAUUUGAAAAUCCCGCUGUUUUCCAUGCCAAUCCAGUUACGUAUUAUUUGAGUCAAAAGCCUGAAAGCACUCGUCCUAGAGCCACCAGUAGCUAUGCUUUCAUUUAACCACUGUAUUAUAAUAGCACGACUGGGUAAUAGGCUUGGAAGGGUAUUUUCCGCCAUCUUGAAUCUAUUGUUUUCACCAUUGUGUUUGCACCCCUUGCACUAUUGUGUUUCAUUAUGGCGUCGUUAACCUUGGAAGGGUCUGUUAAACCAACACCCUGCUAUUGGUUGGGCGAAAAAACAAUACACACGUGACGAUGAACCGACCAUUCCUUGCAUAGAUAAUGAGGUCUAUAAUUUAAUCGAGUUUCCUGACCUUAUUCUACUAACUAUAUGUAUACAAGAACCACUGAAGAUACAAUAACAAAUCCAUUUGGUUUAAUUGCGACAAACAAUUGGUCAUGUUCAAACCAAUCUUAGCGAAAUACUAUUUCCUUCCUUGUCCAUUUAUAAAAUAUACAAAAUAUCUAUUAAAUUAUGUACACUAAAUAGCGUUUUUAAAAAUUUUGGUGCGUAACGUACGGAUGUUUUAUUCAAUAGAGUGUGUGUUCAAAGUUUCGCCUAUUGGUCUUGUUGUUCCUAAAUUUUACCUUGCGCAUUAGUCGUUGAAUUGUCCCUCUUUCAGAUUCACCAGUCUCCUCAUUCACCAUGACAUUUUCUCCCAUUUCUUAAAUAUUCAAUGUUUCAUCUAAAAAAAUUAAAAUAUGAUGAGCGAACUGAGAGAGCAUGUACAGUAUGUUGAUCUAAAAGCUGGUUGACACUGUCAGAGUUUCUGUGAUCACAGUAGGAAUUUUGCAUGGGUAAAUUCUAAGUUUUGAAGGAUUUAUAAGAAAUGUUUGAGGGAACUGACUUAGUGUUUAACACCGAGUUAGUUCCCUCAAACACUUCUUACAAAUCCUUCAAAACUUAAAAUUUACCUAUGCAAAAUUCCUACUGUGAUCACAGAAACUUUAACAGUAUAAACCAGUCUUAAACUUUCUUGGACUACAAUUUUGAAAGCUUCAAUUUUGAGCAAUUGAGCUAAGCUUCGUUUAAAUCUUUCCAUCAUUGCGCGUAAAAUGCAAUGUAUAUGCAAUGUUAAAGUCUGGUAAAUUUUUAAUCCUGCGUAUUGUUUAUUUUUUGUCAGGUUCCACAUUUUAGCUGCAGAUCUUUCUGUCGAAGACAGAAUCAAGAAUGCUUUGAUCGGAAUGAGAAGUAAAAGAUAACACGAAAUGUCGCGCUGGAAUUCUUUGAGAAUAAAUGUGGUCGUUGACAAUGCACGCACAUAUUUAGAUACUGGUAUAGGAUGCAAUUAUUUAACGAAAUAAAAACUUUGUAAUAAAACCUCGUACUAGUAGAAUUAGCUGUUUGGGAGCAGUGAACAGUUAAUAAUAUUAAGGCUGAUGGAUAAGUGGCCCGAUUUAUAGUGGAGAAAUGAGCGUCUGUCCUGAAAGAUCUAAAAUCAAUGUUUCACAUCAAUACACCAUUUACUCAUGGCGAUAGUGAUGAUUCACCCCACCUCGAUCGUGGCCAACCAUAUGACCAGCAUCUGUCAGUACCCCCACCCUUUCCCCCCACGAGAUCAUGCUGAAUCCAUCCCUAGCCGCACCCCCCCCCCCACUCCUACGAAAUCAUGUUGAAUCCAUCCCUAGCCUCUUCUAAAACUCUCACCUUAAAUAAUUUCACAUCAAAGACAAUCUUCAUGAAGAAUCAGAGCCGCCUGAUGAACUGUCAUCGUCGUCUUCAUCAUCAUCAUAAGCGUCUGAAUCAUUCGUAUAAUUCCAAGCUGUCUCAAUGGACGGCAAUGUCUUGGCUUUAUUCUUCUGAUUUCUCAUCAUUAUCUCGGCUUGACGCUGGGCUUCUUCCUGCUUUUUACGUUCAUCGUUCUCAUUUUCCGCUUUCUGAAAUGG